ACCCUGGGGAAACGCUGUUUUCAAUUUGGGAUCUUAACUCAAUCACAUUUAGUACUUGUAGAAAAUAGAUUUUUGUUUCAUCAUGUUUCAAAAAAAUGUCACACUAAUGGUGCACAGCACUAAUGCCUGUUCCAAUAUAGACUUUAAAAGUUAAGUAAAAAUGUUUCUGGAUAAACAAUAUUUGUCUAAAUCCCAUCAGACUUAUUACAUAUUUUUAAUUUACAUAAAAAAUAGUUAAUAAUAAUGGUCAUAUAAUUCUUGAAAGAGUGCUGUGGACUUUCUCAAGGUCGAUUCUUAUAGACGGCUCCUCAGAAAUAUGUGAUGCCCUCUCGUUCUGUCUGUGUCUGGUUGAUAGAGAUGCUGUUAUGUUGUUGAUACGCUGGAUGCCUCUCCUACUCGUGGGGACAGAAGGGGGCAGUGUGAACACAACAACCUUAGGAAGACAUAAUUGACUGCAACGCCGUCCAGUCUGGUGCCUUAACAUGGCCAUAGCAUUUCAUCUCAAAUUAACAAUUAUUAUUAUUCAGUCAAACUGGAACAUUUGAAACUAAAAAAGUGUUUACAUUUUUAUGCAAAAUUUUAUUUCAGGGUUUUACCUAAGUGUUCUUCUGUAGCUUUGAACUUAAAUAUAAUAUUGUACAUACAGAACAGCCUGCUUAAUGGCAUUAAUGUGGAAUCUCAUAUUGACUACUCGCGUGGUGCCACUAGAGCUCCAAAAGCACCUUGAAGAGAAAAAUGUUCAGUCCGUCUCAUAUUCCUUACUGACUUUAUGGCAAUAUCUCAAAUGAAAGUGCCUCCCCAACUCAUUUAUCUGAUCUCUUUGCAUCUAAUCAAUCCCCUAAAUGAAUGAAAGUGAGUCACAACUAGAUGUCAUCACAUUUAUCUGCAGGCGUGCCUCAAAGUGCACACACCUAAAUGCUACUGCUCUAAAGAGGGUGCACUGUGGAAAUACUGAUGGGGCUACUUGACAGCUGAGAUGUAUUUUCUUCUAUGUUACAGUAUGAUGAGAAUGGACUUUACAGCCUCACUGUGUUGUUGUAUUCUGUGAUACAUCAAAGCUGCUUUAGAGGAUUUGUAGUUUUGUAUAAAGGCAGAUUUCUGCAAGAGACAUGUUGGCUAAAAUCUGAUUUACAGGCAGCAUGAUUCUCAAUUUCAGCCUGGCGCCACCAUGCAGACGAUGGGCCCGUUUCGUUUGGAUUCACACCAGCGAUCACUUGUGAUCGUUGACGUGAAGCCGAGUGAAUCAGGGCAACGUUCUGUCUUCUCAUGCUAACCAAAAAUUCUGUUUUUGAGAUCUUUUUGAAAUCAGGAAAAAAAAAAUUGAAGGUGUCCACUCAAACCGAGUCCUGUCUUUGUUCAUGAGGAAGUGGAGAGUUGAGCCAUGGAGCUGAUGGAGUCAAGGAAAGAAUGAAUAACUAUCAGUCCUGCAACAGCGGCUCCAGCGUCCCUAGGUGACCGCGCCACUGAGCCCGUGCUCGCUCCAUCGCACCCCACUCCACGCCUGCUGCCACCCUGAAGGUAGAUGCAUCACGCUGGGGAAACUGCGCAACAGCAUCCCCCUCUCUCCCACCAGCUCCCCCAAUAAACCUCCUCCACAGCACGGUGGCCUCCUGGCAGCCCUCACACAUCUCCGGGUCGCCACUACAGCCCCGGUCCCCACAGUCCACACAAUCCCUCAGAAAGCACAGCUCCCUCUCACACACACUCUCACACACUUCUUGUUUAAUUCAGAAGAAACAAAUGAUCAACGUCAACAAAAAAUAACCUGAAAUAGUGACUUUAGGAGUUUGGAAUCAAUGGUUAUUUGGAGACACCACCGACCGUAGACUUUAAAGGAAAAAGGACAUUUUCUUUUAAAAAAAAGAAGGAAGAACAAAGGGGAAAAAAUCCAAGUAUUGGGAACCUGAAGCUUACUUUCUUUUUUUUUUGUCAAGAGCUUGAAGUCAGGUGGCGUUCACAGUCAGGAAGUCAUGUCCAGAUCGGGUGAUAGAACAUCCACCUUUGACCCAACACACAGUGACACCCUGCUGCACGGGCUCAACCUCUUGUGGAGGAAACAGCUUUUCUGUGAUGUGACUCUCACCGCCCAGGGACAGCAGUUCCACUGCCACAAAGCCGUGCUGGCGUCCUGCUCCCAGUAUUUCAGAUCCCUCUUCUCUUCCCACAAUGUGAUCCACAAUGAGGGGAGCAAAGGGGACCAGGGCAGCAGUGGGACCCCCUCUUCCUCCCCCGACGACAAGCUGGUGACCCCCAGCGCCAGGCCCAUCAAUAACCUGGUGCUCCAGGGCUGCUCCUCCAUUGGACUACGAUUAGUGCUGGAGUACCUGUACACUGCCAACGUGACUCUUUCCCUGGACACGGUGGAAGAGGUGCUGUCAGUCAGCAAGAUCCUCAACAUCCCCCAGAUCACCAAGCUCAGCGUGCAGUUCCUCAACGACCAGAUCUCGGUGCAGAACUACAAGCAGAUCUGCAAGAUUGCCGCGCUCCACGGACUGGAUGAGACCAAGAAGCUGGCCAACAAGUACCUGGUGGAGGACGUGCUGCUGCUGAACUUUGAGGAGAUGUGCGCCAUGCUGGAUGCUCUGCCACCCCCGGUGGAGUCAGAGCUGGCUCUCUUCCAGAUGUCAGUCCUCUGGCUGGAGCAUGACCGGGAGACUCGCAUGCACUAUGCGCCGGACCUCAUGAAGAGGCUGCGCUUCGCCCUCAUACCUGCUCCAGAGCUGGUGGAGAGGGUGCAGUCUGUUGACUUCAUGAGGACUGACCCCGUGUGCCAGAAGCUACUCCUGGAUGCCAUGAACUACCACCUGAUGCCCUUCAGGCAGCACUGCAGGCAGACCACGGCCAGCAGAAUCCGUUCCAAUAAGAGAAUGCUGUUACUGGUGGGUGGUUUGCCUCCUGGACCUGAUCGUCUCCCCAGCAAUUUGGUCCAGUACUAUGACGACGAGAAAAAGACAUGGAAGAUCCUAACAAUAAUGCCUUACAACAGCGCCCAUCACUGCGUGGUGGAGGUGGAGAACUUCCUGCUGCUGCUGGGCGGAGAGGACCAGUGGAACCCCAACGGAAAGCACAGCACUCAUUUUGUCAGCCGCUAUGAUCCCAGAUUCAACAGUUGGAUACAGUUGCCUCCUAUGCAGGAGAGGAGAGCCAGUUUCUUUGCCUGCCGCAUGGAUAAGCACCUGUACGUGAUUGGUGGUAGGAACGAGAGCGGCUACCUCUCCAGCGUUGAGUCCUACAACCUGGAGACUAACGAGUGGAACUACUUGUCGUCCCUGCCGCAGCCUCUGGCCGCCCAUGCAGGAUCAGUGCACAACGGCAAGAUCUACAUAUCAGGAGGCGUGCACAAUGGAGAGUAUGUGUCCUGGCUCUACUGUUAUGACCCUAUAAUGGAUGUGUGGGCGAGGAAACAGGAUAUGAACACAAAGCGCGCCAUUCAUGCCCUGGCUGGAAUGAACGACCGCCUAUAUGCUAUUGGUGGAAACCAUUUGAAAGGUUUCUCCCAUUUAGACGUAAUGUUGGUGGAGUGUUAUGACCCCAAAGCUGACCAGUGGAACAUCCUGCAGACUCCCAUCCUGGAGGGUCGCAGCGGCCCGGGCUGUGCUGUGUUGGAUGAGAGCAUCUUCCUCAUGGGGGGCUACAGCUGGAGCAUGGGGGCCUAUAAGUCUUCUACCAUCUGCUACAGCCCAGAGAAAGGAACAUGGACUGAGUUGGAGGGAGAGGUGGCGGAGCCCUUAGCGGGCCCGGCCUGUUCCACCGUCAUACUGCCUGCCUGCCUUCCCUUUAACAAAUGACAACUAAUCCAACCAAAGGCCAGAAAGGGUGCGGAGCGGCAGAGUGAAUGGGAGGAGGACCAUCAAUAAGCAAAACAGUCGUCAACAAUUUUGUGACAAACCCUCCGGUCAGACGACGGGGGUGUGUAUAAAUUAUUUUUUUACAGGUUUGACCAGAGCACUUUCGUUAUUCCCUACUGAAGGUUUGAAAAAAAGAAAAAAAAAGAAUUGUGUAUCUCAUGUAUUUAAACUCAUCUGUGUUCUGAGAAAUGGUCGGUUUCAUAUUUGAUUUGAUUUAAACUGAUAGUAAGUGUUUUUGGCUUCUCUUCUAUAGCACGCAUAGUGUUAAACUGAAUUAUAGCUUUCAAAUCCAUUGUAUCUUGUAUUCAGUAGAGGCAUAAUUCCAUCAAAAUGCAGUGUUGUUUCAUGGACUGACACUGGGAGAAAGGGUGUCGCGGGGUUAAGUUAAACUAGGGCUGCGUGAGUUACAUUAACCGUGAUGAUCAAAGUGUAUAAAUAUUCUUCAUCACUGGCGUUAUAACUCAUUUCUCUCUGGCUGGAUUGUGCACUUAUCCCGUUGUUGGAUCAUUAUGCAACUGUUUCGUUGUCUUUCUCUAAAAAUGAACUUAUUUACGUGUCUAAAAUGGGGACAUUUCCAGAAACUUUUCCUACUGUAAGUGCUGUCAUUAUUUAACUGACAAAAAAACAUUGUAACUAGACCUGCAAGCAGGUAUACCGGGUCCAACACAACCAGGAGGACAUUGUAAAAAAGACACAUUUACACAAUGAUCUUUAUGAGGAUGUGUCCAUGUCACUCAGCUCUAAUUUAUAACUAGUUAUCUUUACACCCAAACUGAAGUUUCUGUAUAACUUGACAGAAAAAAAAUCUUGCCAAAUAUUUGUGGCAACUAUUCUUCAUGCUGCAAGCAAAACAAUUGAAGGUUUACCAUUGACUCUUAAUAUUCAUAUGACGCACUAAUGUUCAUAUUAUUAUACAAUGACGGUACAAUCAAAUUGUAAUUGCUAGUCCAUGUAUCUAUGGGUAGCAUUUUUGAGUAAACGGAGAGGACAUUGGUUUGUUCUCCUUUACAAGUUAAUGCUAACAGGCCUGUUUAUGAGGCCAUGAAGCAUUUCAUCUUUAAUGUAUGAAAAACAAACAACUGGUCCUUAAUGCACUAAUUACGAACUUUGAAUUCAGCAAACAAAAGUUCACUAAAAUGUAAAUUAAUUAAUGUGCUGUGUUUUUAAAAAAAAAAGCAUCAAAUGAAUCUAAGUCCAGUCUAGUCUACGUUAUUAGGUUCAAAAGGUUGACUCUAAAUAUCGAUGCAGUACCUGUUGAACUCUGUAAAGAUUUGUUGAUUUCAUUCUUGUACAUAAUCGCUUGCAGUGAAACAUUUUUGUGCACUCAACCUUGGAUUUAUUCUCAAAUCCUGUUAUGUCCUUUGCAUUUUAGAAUAUGAAAAUAAAUUGACUCUUGAUGAUUAAAA